CUGGCAUGUCCGCCGCCGCUCGAGGUCUCAAGUCCGUCUCCCGCGCCGCCCUCUCCUGGAAGCCGACGGGCCUGGCGCAGCAAACGCUGGCGGCGGCGGUGAGUAGGUCGGGUGUGGGGCUCCACUCAGGCAAGACCACUACCGCCACGCUGCUCCCUGCGCGCGCCGGCGAGGGUAGGUACUUCGUCGUCGAGGGGGAGGAUACGAGGGUGGCGGCGGAGGUGGGGAAUGCCGAGGGGCAGUCCCCGCUCUGCACCACGCUGCGGAGCGAAUGCGGCGUUGCGCGGGUGCGCACGGUGGAGCACCUGCUCUCGGCGAUGGAGGCCCUCGCCGUCGACAACUGCCGCGUCGAGGUCAGCAGCGGCGACGAGAUUCCUUUGCUUGAUGGAUCAGCGCAAGAGUGGGUAGAGGCCAUACGGGGCGCAGGUUUGUGUGCGGCCGAGGAUGUCAGUGGACAAAACUUGGAGAAAAUGGCGCCCAAAAUUGACGAGCCUGUUUACUUGCGGAAGGAUGAUUGCUUUGUAGCUGCAUUCCCUUCCUCGCAAAUCCACAUUACCUGUGGAAUUGAUUUUCCGAAGGCACCGGCAAUCGGUUCUCAAUGGUUCAAUACUUUCCUGGACGCUGAUAUAUACUCGACCAAGAUAGCUCCUGCAAGAACUUUCUGUAUAUUUGAAGAGGUGGAAAAAAUGCGUAGUGCUGGGCUUAUAAAAGGAGGAUCACUAGAAAAUGCUAUGGUUUGCAGUAUGACUGAUGGUUGGCUAAAUCCACCACUGCGUUUUGAGGAUGAACCUUGCCGCCACAAGAUUUUAGAUCUUAUAGGUGAUUUCUCACUUCUUGCACGGAAUGGCAGCCAGGGUUUUCCUAUUGCUCAUGUUGUUGCUUACAAGGCUGGCCAUGCCCUGCACACCAAGUUUCUGCAUCAUUUAUUGGGAAAGAUCACUGCGGACCAAUGAUUGCUUGGUUAGAAGUGCUGAAGCCUAUGGUGGGUGCUGUUUAUAUAUUGGUGAUAGUGGUACUCGAGGAAAAGAUAGUGGUAUGGACUAUGGAGAAGCUUAUCUCAGGAUAAUCAUCAUCCGAUGGCCCUCAUCCUAACUCACGGACA